CAGUUAUGCGCCGCCGCCUGCCGUGUGCUGAGGCCCCCCUCGCGCUGUCGCCGUCGCCGUCGGAUGCCUCAAAUGAGCUGCUCCCCCUUUGGAGCUGCGGUCCCCAAUCGAAGCAGCAGCUGCUCAAAUUCCCCGCUCCUUUCCCAGCUGCAUCCGGCAAUGGAAGCAAUCAAAGCAGUCCUUCCCGGGCUACAAUCGAAUUCGCUAUAAAUCUGGCCUGGCGGCGCCGCGGUACCCGCCAGUUAUAAGAGGAAGACGAUCAACAGGUCCAUAGACAUCAAGUUUCAGGGUGACCGCGAUCAGCAACUCAGGCGAUGUCGAGAUCUCUUCGCCGGCGACCGGCCGCCAGACCAUCCAUCAAGGCCCUCAGCAGCUAUAACCGAUGGACCCCUCUAGCCAAUCUGGCAGAGGAAGAAGAUCAACUAGACCGGCUCAGCAAUUUGCCUGAUGGCGUGUUGCUCGAUAUUGUAGGGCGACUUGACAUCACAGAUGCUGCCAGAACCAGAAUCCUCGCCAGACGGUGGAAGCAGAUUCCUACUAUGCUCUCCAAAAUUUUAUUAACAGUUGGUCCCUUUGACGAUGUGCGCAAUAGAGGGUUGACCGCUGAUGAUGUAGCUCGGGCCAAUGCCACCGUGCUUGGAGCGACCAGGAGCAUGCUGGAAAGCAGGACUACAAGUCUAUGCACCAUUAACCUCCUGUGUGUGCGAUUCUUCUUGGGCGAUGGAACUCUCAGUAUUGGCCACACUGUUGCCAACACCAUGGUAACGGAGAAGGUUGGGUCAGCGGAGUUAACUCUCUUUACAAUGAAGGAAGGCAAACGAUGCACAGACGAUGAUGUUCUCGCUUACGGGAAACAGUUCAAGUCAUUUCUUGACGCCUGUCCAAACGCAUUCAGUGGUCUUGCACGACUCCAGCUAGAAAAUUUGAGGCUAGCUGAAUCAUCGGGCUUCCCUGAAAUUUUCAGUAUAUGCAAGCGACUGGAGUUCCUACGCCUGUUUAACUGCGACAUGGGGUUCCUGUCUUUGCUACAAGUGUCACACCCCCUACUCCGUGAACUCGAGAUUGUCAGGUGUAAUUUUGAGAGGGUUGAUCUUAAGUGGCUGCCGAAGCUCACGAUGCUGACUUUUUCUUGGUGGGUCUCUGAGCAUGAUCCUUUGUCUUUAGAUUAUGUCCCACUGCUCCAGACACUGAGCAUCACUCAUAUGGCUCGUUUACGGCAUAAGGUGCUCAAGUUAAGUGAGUUCCUUAGCAAAGCCACCAUAAGCGAACUGACUUUAAACUUUCUGUGUGAAAAGAUCUAGGUUAAACCAGAAGAACCAAAUCAAUUGUGGCAGGUGUUCCACAAAUUAAGGCAUGUGACUUUGACCCACAUUUCUGAAGAAUGUGAUCUGAAUUGGGCAAUGUUCAUUCUCCAAGGUGCACCGUCCCUUGAGGAGCUAUGCAUCAAGGUAGUAAAGUUUUGUACAGCUAAUCUCCAAACAAUUUGUUUCCCUUUCUGCCGCCCGUUCAAGUACUGUAAGCACACGGCGCGGAAGGGCAUAUAUGUGCAGAGAAAGAGUCAGCUGGCCUUGCUUAAGAACAUAUUGGGCAUGGGGAUCAGCUCGCGUGUAAGGAUUCAUUUGCCGGGUUUGUCGACGGCCUGAAGGUCUCCCAAAUUGCGUUGCUGACUUGUAUUUGCGCAUGCCAUGUUUUGGGCUGGUCAAGAGUAUACAUACACCUGGACAGUUCCCUAUGUUAUCAAGUGUGUUUUCUUUGGCAGUCAAGAAAUGGUGCACACUGUUUUAUAUGGUCUAACUGGAACUGUAUUGCCAGUAGACUGAAGUAAUGUAUCUAUGGACCUUUGUUU